GUGAGUCGAGUCGUGCUCCCCUUUUCCUCCGAGCCUCAACCCUCACUCCCACUCCCUAAUCCCCUCUUCCGUCCGAAGGUGCGGCAACGCAAUCACUGGCAGUAAUGCACCCAACAAGCCUAUUCAUACCCUCCCCACUCCCCCCCAAACCAAGGGGGAUCCAGCGGGAAGAACACUCCGAUGACAAUUGUUCAUGCACUUGUCAUAUCCCUUCCGACACCACUGGGCGUUGGCCUCGUCCGCCGGGGCGGGCGCGGCGUCGUCGACGACGGCCGCUGCCUGGACGGUGUCCGGUUCGGCGUCGGCGGUGGGCACCGCGAGGGCCAGCGAGGUGAGCAGGAGGGUGAGAGGGAUGAUGAAGCGCAUUUUGACUUGGCCUGGCUUGGCUUGGGUCGGGGGUUCGCUUUGGAUCAGAGAAUGGGUUUGUUGGGGCUUGUUUCUGGUGUUCUCGCGUUGGUGUACUCGGAUGGCGAUGGAGAGAGUGGUCGUGGUGGAGAUGGAGGGGAGUAUUUAUAUCGUUUCUUCGCGCAUUUUUCCUGAGCCUUCGGUGCUUGAGAUGGGGAUGGCGAAUGGAUUGCGGAUUGGUACGAUUUUGGUGUUCGUAUCUCCUCGUUCAGCAGCUCCAUUUUCCACCGAGUUGCGCGUGUCUUCUGACCUUUGGUGGUGUUGCGAUGCUGAUGCUGAUGCUGAUGCUGAGAGGGUGGUGGUGGAGGAGGGAUACGUUCCGAUGGUGAUACAAUUUUGAGGGUUAUUGGGAUUGUCGUCUUUGUCGUCGGGACAGAAGAGGGAGAAGGAGAGAGAUGUGGCAUGGGUCGACAUGGUGCUUCUAUGUCUGGGUUGGCUGAGUGGUGCCGUUGACUCAUGGGGGCCGUUUGGGUUCUG